AUGGCAGAGAACACAAAUAGGAAGCGCACUACUACGGCGCCCGAGCCUAGUGGUACAGACAACCGUGACCGCAAAGCUCAUCUGAAUCAGACACAAUUGAUCAACCGUCUAGAACAGAGGAUUGCUAGCCUAGAGACCGAAGUGUCUGAAUUGAAAUGCGCCAAAGAACUGACGACGGGCCAAAAUAGAAGCGUCCUCAUUAUGAACCACGAAGAACCGGUUAUAAGAGAUGCGAAGGUUCGGGUGGAUAUUGACGGUUGA